UUGUGUUCUUUUCACACUCGCGCCGUAACCAUUUAGAAGUGCUUGGCUUGUAGCAUUGCCGUUCAGAAGUCGACAUGAAGUACACUGUGUUUCUAGUUGCUGUAUUUUCCAGCUGUGCUUUUGGGAUAGACACCGUUCCCUCUUUGAAUGUAACAAAAUACCUCGGUCGCUGGUAUCAGAUGUAUGCCGACCCCUCAGUCAUGGCAACUUUUGAGCGUGACGCAGUAUGUGUGACAGCGGAUUAUACACUUGAGAAAGAUGGAAAAGUGGGCGUUCUUAACAGUGAAAGACUCCGUACACCGACCGGAGAGGGAAAGAACAUCACGGGUUACGCCUACAUACCCGACCCUAACCAACCAGGGAAGCUCAAAGUUCAUCUUGGAGGAGUACCUGUUGACGCUCCGUAUUGGGUGGUAAAACUAGGACCUCCUACUUUUGGUGAAGGUCUUUACCAGUACUCCGUGGUCACAGAUAACUUACAGAUUACCCUGUUUGUGCUGGCAAGAGACGUAGACACAUUCAAAAGCCAAUAUGACGAGGAAGUCCGCAAUUGGCUGACAGAAAAUGGCUUUACUCGCUUCUACAACAAGCCUGUAGCCACCUUACAGAACAAAGAAUGUAUUUACGUUGCUGAGAGGCCCUCUUCUCAUCAGACAGUAGAAGAAUUUCUUCGUUAUGAUUAGACGAGCGUCGUGACUUUUGUGGAUAAGAUGACGAACACCUAUUAAAAGUCCAGGUUCUGAUUUGA